GGAGAGGGCGGGGCUUGCGUGAAGCGGAAGUGGCGACUGGAACGGAAGUAGAACGGCAUUGAAUCCCGCAGGAGAGGGGACGGGGAGGAAGCUGAGCCUGCCGGGUGUGUGUGAGAGCGUGUGGAAGCCGUGUCAGCGGAUCGCUAUUCUCAGAAAUCAUCAUGGACAAGAGUGACCUGGUACAGAAGGCCAAGCUUGCAGAACAGGCCGAGCGCUAUGAUGACAUGGCUGCCGCUAUGAAAGCCGUGACCGAACAGGGAGGUGAGCUCUCCAACGAAGAGAGGAACCUGCUGUCUGUCGCCUACAAAAACGUUGUAGGUGCGCGCCGCUCCUCCUGGCGUGUGAUCUCCAGCAUCGAACAGAAGACCGAAGGCAAUGAGAAGAAACAGCAAAUGGCUCGAGAAUACAGGGAAAAGAUCGAGGCCGAGCUUACUGAGAUCUGCACUGAUGUUCUUGAACUUCUGGAAAAGCAUUUGAUCGCUAAUGCUACACCACCGGAAAGUAAGGUCUUCUACUUGAAAAUGAAGGGAGAUUAUUAUCGGUACCUUUCCGAAGUAGCAGCUGGAGAGAAGAAACAAGGUACUGUAGCUAACUCUCAACAGUCUUAUCAGGAAGCUUUUGAAAUUAGCAAGAGUGAGAUGCAGCCAACACACCCCAUUCGACUUGGAUUGGCUCUGAACUUCUCAGUGUUUUACUAUGAAAUUCUUAACUCUCAAGAAAAAGCCUGCAGCUUAGCAAAAACGGCAUUUGAUGAGGCGAUAGCUGAACUGGACACAUUGAAUGAGGAGUCUUACAAGGACAGCACUCUUAUCAUGCAGCUACUAAGGGACAAUCUUACACUAUGGACCUCAGAACAACAGAACGACGAGGCUGAGCCUGGAGAGGGAGACAACUAACAACUGCCACGCAUCAAUUAUAAUUUUUUGUUUUUCUUUAUUUGGUUCACCAUCACUCUGUAUUGUAUAUCCCCUUUGUGCGACCAGUAAAGAGAAUAGUACAUCGACUUUCACAACUUCCGUGUAGCAGAACAUUUUGUGGAUUAAGAAGUAAAUCAGGCAUUUUACAGGAGACAAAUGUAACUUUUUAUGUAUAUAUGGUAUAUUCUAUCUGUAUAUCAUAUAUAUAAGGUUCAAGUAUGUAAUUAGAUCUUGUGUGAUUUAAGUUUUCUUUUUUAAACUGAACACUGUGAUUAUGGGACUUUGUUGCUAAAAAAAAAAGAAAUCACUCUAGAUUCGGAUUUUUCCCCAAUUCAUAUGACGUUUUAGGACAAAAAGUCGAAGUACAAUUCUGUUGUAUGUGUAACAAAUGUUAACAUACUGUAACCAUUGGGAUGAGUUGACUUCUAUGCUGUUUGAGGUUUGCUCUUUGUAAUGAUGAUGCAUUUGUCUGAGCUGAAUGCUACAUCUGGAAGCCUCAUUUUUAAGCCUGAAUAUAAUCUUUUGGCAUCAUGUUGCAUCUUUUGGAUUGAUAUGUGCACUUUUUUUUUUAGUUCAGCUUUGAGAAAUGUCACCGAAAGGUGGCAAGCCAUUUUUGGAUGGUUGCCAGCUCAUUCACUCACCUGUAUGUAGGCUUCUUAAAAAA